AUACACAGAAAGAACACUGCGAAUUUGACCUACCGUACCGUAAUAGACAGGACAUUUAUUUCUAAAAUACCGGUAUUGCAAAAGGAAUUGAUAGCGAAGAACCAUGCAUUCUCUCACUAUUUGAGCUAUUUUCACCUUUUGUGGUGAUCAUGCUAACAUCCCAAUUCCCACAUUCAUUGCGAGAGAGGUGGAACUUGAGAAAUUGACGGUUUGAUUUCAUCAUCCGAGCAGGGAAAAUCAGCGGGCUGCUUUGUUUUGGUCGAUUUGGAGGGAGCGCACUUAGCGCGGAUGCGAUGCAUCAAGAACAAUAAUAAAACGGUUCUCACUGCUGGGAAACCAUGAUCUAGCUCGGAAAGCCUCCAGAAAAUUGCUGUUUCGAUCAUGUUAAGAAUGAUGCUAUCUUGAAGGCCAUGGAGCACGUUGAUGAGUACGAGUACAAUAAGAAGGAUAUAAUUGGGCAUGGAGCUUUCGCGAUUGUUUUCAAAGGAAGGGAGAAGAAGAGACCCAACCUAACAGUUGCCAUCAAGUGUAUCAACAAGAAGAACCUGUCAAAAUCACAGACUUUCCCUGAGAAGGAGAUUGAAAUAUUGAAGGAGUUACAUCAUGAAAAUGUGGUGUCUCUAUAUCAUUUCAAGGAGACGACCUCCUCUUUGUACAUGGUCAUGGAGUUCUGUAAUGGCGGAGACCUUGCUGAUUAUCUACAUAUCAAGGGUACAUUAAGCGAGGACACCAUCCGAUUCUUCCUCGGCCAGAUAGCUUCUGCAAUGAAAGCUAUCCAUGAGAAAGGGAUCAUCCAUCGAGAUCUCAAGCCUCAGAACCUCCUACUCAGUCAUAACAGCAAGCAUAAAGUACCUCUACCAAAUGAGAUACAUCUUAAAAUAGCUGACUUUGGAUUUGCGAGGUUUCUUGAAGGUGACAUGAUGGCUGCUACACUUUGUGGGUCCCCUCUCUAUAUGGCUCCUGAAGUGAUCACAUCGCAGCACUACGAUGCUAAGGCUGAUCUGUGGAGUAUAGGAACCAUUCUCUUUCAGUGUCUUACUGGUAGUGCACCCUUCAAAGCACCCAACCCUCCUGAACUCAAGAAGCUCUAUAUGAAGGCCAGGACUUUGGAUCCUAACAUACCACCAGGGACAUCGAAGGCACUUCAAAACUUGUUGGUCAGACUCCUCAAGAGAAACCAAAAAGACAGGAUAGAAUUUGUUGACUUUUUCAACCAUGAGUUUUUAGGCAAGAAUGUGAAAUCUACCUCAACUUCCCCAAUGCCAGUCCCAAGCCGGACGUACAGCUUCAGCUCUGACUCACCGGGCGAGAGGCGCUCCCUGUCCGUCUCCCCGCUCUCAGGGAACAUGCCCAUCUCAUCCCCUGAAGAGCCGUCGCCAUCAUCGGUCGGGUGUGGCACCAGGGGGUACAGUACCAGUCCUCUGGCUGCCCCGCCCAUGAUGUCAGCGAAUAGACCUUCCGCUGCCAAGGGACUACAGGAGAAGCUUCGACUGUCAUCGGGAAUGGGCUCUUCGGAUUUAGUUGAAGAUGAUUUUGUGAUAGUACAGCCGAGCCUUGUAUCAGAAUUAUCAUAUGAAACUAGUGGUGCUAGCAUUAAUGUGCAAACUACAACAGAUGUAAUUACAAUAAGGAGCAAUUCUUCCCCAAUCAUGUCGAGUAGCAGAGGUCACCAUGUCCAGCCAAAGUCCAGUACAAGCCCAGUGUCCGGCCGGACUAUGGCUGCAGUGGUCAGAAGGAAACUGCCCUCUCCAAGUGAAAGGCCAAGCAGCUUGCCAAUUUCGUCGAGUCCGUCAACGAGUCCUAGUAGUGGUAGACAUCGAAUGAGUCCGAAGCAGCAGUCUCCCUCAUCACUGAUCUCACCAAGCAGGAUACAUGCACAGAUUAGACACUCGUAUAGUAGCAGUGGUGGCAGCCCCGUAGGCAGCCCCAACCAACGAAGACGACUUCUAAGUCCUAACCAAUCCCCUUCGUUGGCUAGACAUUGCAUUCUAACCCAGGCUGGAGGAGUGGAGAAUAAACCACCAAGUCCUGUACAAGUUACUGGAUUAGCCUCACCGGGCAGUCAGUACAAUCCAGGAGUCAUUCACAAGUACUACAAGUUUCAUGCAUCGCCCACGUCCCCUUCGCCGUCACCUCCUCAUAUCCCUAGGGUUUCAACAGAUCCUAGCAUGUCCUCUCAAGGGGUGGGGCUUUACAGAGGCUCCUCCCCUCAUUCGCAGGGGUCCGGGACUUCCCCUACCAACAUUCCAUCACCGGCUAGAAGGAAGUUAUCAUCACCUGCAAGGAGUUCUCCUCAGUUCUUUACUGGUCCUUCCUCACUACCAACCAUCGCUGGUUCACCGACCAAGAAAGGCAUUGGUAAUGAGAUCAGAUUCACCAUAGGAACGCAUUGCAUCAGUCCAUCAGAGCCUCUGAACAUGCCCUUUGCCAAGUCUCGUCGUGUGAGGGCAUCCUCAUGCUGCCUGGAAGGAGAGGGAGCCGACACCUCGGAUUCUCCUGGACGUGAUGCUCUGAUCCCAAGGAGUGCAAGCUCUAGUCGUCUCUCUGAGCCGUUAUGCCUCAAGACUGCCUUUGAUAACCUGGCUAUGAAUCCUGGCAGCAGCAUAGAAGGGAUACCAGGUGCUAUCGCUGCUAGUCCCCCGAUGAAUCCAACCAGUUUCUACAUAGGUAGCCAAUCACGGCGAAGCUCAGUGCUGACCGAGGGGUCACCGUCAAGUCAAGGGUCAAUGACUUUUGCCACCUCACCUCCUUAUAUGGAGGGACCUAUCUCAUUUGUUGCUCCAGAGCUUCCAGAGGAAACAAUCCUAGCUCCGGAGCACACAGAAACUGUAGAUAGGCUGAAUGUUAUUCUUGGUAUCGUGGAGGCGAUUGUAGAGGUGGCGAAGUCAAGAAGCGUUCCCCUAGCAGAAUCUAUCUACAAUCAAGGCUCAUCUAUCUUCAGCAACUCACAAGUCUGCUUUGUCAGUGAGAACUAUAGGUUAGCUGAGCAGCUUGUUUUGUAUACCCGUUCCCUUGAGCUACUCAAUGCUGCACUUACCAUGGCCAAAGAAGAAUUCAGCGCAGCAAGGUUAAAACCCUCAAAUGCGGUCAAAACAGUCCUUCAGGAUCUAAAUCGUGUCUACCACCUCUGCCUAACGAAGAGCCGUCAACUCUGUGAAGGGAGCCCUCUGCAGUCCUUAGACAUCGAUCUUAACACUGCAAUGAUCACUGCUGAUAAGCUGAUGUACAGCUAUGCCAUUGAACAGUGCCAGUCUGCUGGUAUGGACGAGAUGUUUGGCAACUCGCAAGAGUGCUUUCAACGAUAUCGUACUGCUCAAAUGCUGCUUCAUGGGCUCUGUCUUCAGGCUGGGACAGAUCAUGACAGAAAUCUACUCUUGAAAUUUAAAAAUGCCCUUGACCAAAGACUGCUUUUCCUUGAGAGACAGCAGCCUGCUGCGACUCCGAUGAUUGGCCAUCUCUAGGUAUGGUCGUUGGUAGGACUCUGAGGAUAUGUCAGGUUAAGAGGUAAACCAUCUUCCAAGAUAUCCAUGGCUGAUAACCUCUGGAAUUUGGUAAUCUGUGAGGAUGUUGCUUUCGCACCAAACGGCUUUGUCAAGGACUCACGGAUCUCCCAACCGUUGAUAAGUUAAGAAGUUAACCAUCUUCCAAGACCUCUGUGACUGGUCACUCCUGCAAUGUUAGGGGCUGGAGUUAUCUACAUUGGCACUAAAUGCCUAUCUCAAAGACUCAAGAAUCUCCUGACCUUUGAUAAAUUUAGGAGUUUCCCGCCUUUCAAGAUCUCCUCUUGUCAUCAGUUGGAAGCUUGUAAGCUGAAGGGACGGUCACUGUCCUUUCCUUUGUUGUCAGCAAAGGCUAUCUCCAGGAUUACAGGAUAUCUUGACAAUGAAUAAGUGUAGGAUUUGACUAUCUUCCAGAACCUUCAUAAUUGGCCUCCCCUGAAAAGUUGGUCACCUUUAGGAAGUGCUAUUUCUUAGGUUGGCACUUAAUGGCUGUUUGUAAUACCCACAUAUCUGUUGUGCUUAGGUGAGUUUAGGAGUUCAUCAUCCAAGAUCCCCAUGAAUGGUCUCUCCUGGAAGUCUGACCAUGUCUAGGAGGUUCCUUCUUGCUGGUUGGCAUCACUGGCGGAGGUAACGAUCUUCUAAGAUGAAGAUGACUGAUCAUGUCUUGUGUUUGAUCAUCCCAAGAACUUCAGCAAUCUAAAAGGACCAAUGUUUCCUUGGAUAACUUUGAUGGAGAACUUCAAACUUAUAAGUCUUUUGGUGUUAGUUUGGUCAACCUAUGCUGCUGUGCGCAAGUUCAUCUUGGGCCUCAAUGAAUAGUCAAUCUUAUUCUUGGACAAGUGAGAGAUAAUGAGGAAAGUACCUGUGCUUCACCUGAAAGACUCCUGCAGAUGCAGAUGUAGGCUUAUAGAAUGCUUAACUCUUUUGUGUUAGCACAGGCAUUGAACUGUCAGACAACAUACUUAGAACCCCUGAAAGUAGUUGAUGAGCCUGUGUGGGUUAUGGUAAGAGAGGAGUAGGACAUGACAUAUGUCUGGUCAAGAAUUUGUGUGGAAAUCUCUGAAAAGCUUGUGUUUAUGAAGUUAGGAAUAUGACAAGUUGAUGUGUUAUUGAUUGUGCAAUCCAGAUUAGUGAAUAUUCAGUUAGAGUUGAAUAAGUUAAAGAGUAAAGUAUUUAUUGUUUAUUAUUUUCAGCUUUGGUUUACAAAAGUGAGGGAAGAUGAACUUUAUAUCUUAGAGGGUUACUGGUGGUAUUCCACAUUUUUGUUCUCCCUAUUCUGCUCUUUUGUUGUGGAUUCUACUUUUCAAUGCUUGCGUCUCCUUUUAUGCCCCCCCUUAUUACCCCAUGCUUAAUGAUUCCAUCCUAUGCAAUAUGAUAUUCGAGGCAAGAGACUUUGAUAAUCAAAAUAGUUCAAUAACGCUUUUUAUCAGCAUUUUCUGCCAAGUUAUGAAUUAUAAGUUAUGAAUUAUGUACCAAUAAGAUGAUAAGUUCUGCAUAAGAGAUACAUGUACAUGUAUGUUCUGUAUAAGAACAUUUUUUUAAGUGUGGAAUAACUUGAAUGUAGUUGAUGUAGAUUGAAUUUGAACAGGAAGUUUUCUUCUUGAGAGAAAUCCCAGUUGAAAAUCUUGACAUUGUACAUGUACAAGAUUAAACAGUUAAAAUUGAGAUUAAGGCAGUAAAUGAUUCUCCGUAUGAAGAAUAUUAUAUUUUUAGUACAUCAUUUCUAAGAUUAAGGAACAGUUGCUAUUUUAACUGAAUAAUUUAAUCUGUUUGUUGCAUGCUUACUUCAUGCUGCAAAUCGACCAUUUCCCCCAUGCUUGAAUUAACAUGCUGAAAUAUAAAUGUAUUUUCACAUGGUAAAAUGUACUGUUUUCUAGAUGUGUGCAGAAUGUAUUAUGGUGCUUUUAUUAAAGCAGUGUUUGAACCCCGUUCAUCCCAGGAUGUAAACAUAUUUCGUUAUGGUUUAGAACUAGUGAAAUCAUUUACAUCUUCACCGAGUGGUUUAGUGUAGAUUUUGUUGUUGUUGACAACAGAGGAGAUGAAUGAAUUACAACAACAAACAUUGCAUGUGGCACUCUACCUGAAUGCGAUGAUAGUUGUUGCCUAAUGCCUCAGAAAAGUUUACGAGAUUGAUGGCGCAUAAUGAAUGCUGUGUUUAUUGUUAAUGCCUCCUUUGUAAAUGGAUCCAUUGUUGUAGCUUACAUUUCAUUCUUUUGAAAGCCUUUUCACUGCUAGAGUAGAAAAUAUGUUUCUUUGAUAACUUUAUUUUUUCAUUAAGAAUACUCUUUAUGAAAAGAGUAAGUCUGGGCAAGACUCCCAUUUUUCAUCAUUUUUUUUUUACUCCACUUUACUUCCAAAGCUAGUGAUGGACACAAGUGGCCACAAAUGAUAAUAAUUUAUCCUCUUCCCUUCCGGUUUGCAUUAUGCUUCCGCUAAAGGUGUCUGUCCUCCAAGAAGGUCAGCGGCACAGUGAGGGUCCUCUUAUAGACUCCUGUACUAUUGUUUAGUCUUGAUACAAUCCCCUUUUAACAAAAGGAUUACAAAUAUAUUGUUGAGUUUGGUAUAAACUGCACUAGAACACCCUAUGCGAUCUUUAUCGGGAAAACAGAAUUGUUUUGAGGCACUCUGUAAUCCAUUUGGCAGCAUAUUUAAGGUAGGAAUGUUCUGAAGAGUAUUGUGGGUAAAUAUGUUAUUCUAUUGAGUUUAGAUUAUAAGACUACAUGAUCAAAUGUUGCAUUCUGGGAAGGAAGCAGGGGCUGUUUAGAACUCCAGAUGACGCUAUUCAAUGUGAUUGUGGCAUUUUGCCUUUAAGAGAAACACAUAACAAAAAGAGUAAUCACAUACAUGUAUAGGAGAAAAUAUAUUUUGUGUGGAAUUGACAGUAAACAUGCAGCUAGGGAUUGUGAUUUCGAUAUAGUCAGUACACGAAGGAGAGUGAGAAAUUUUUCAGCUUUUGAAAAUACCCCGACACAGUGCAAUACUGAAAUGUGUGUAUCAUACAUCAACGUAUGAAGUUUGUACAAAUAAACUGCAAUUGUAUAUAAAGAAAGAAUACAUAGCUAGUGCGGCUGCAACUCUGCAUAAUGAACAGCCCAUAUAUAUGUAAAAUAUGCUAUAAAAACUGAAAUUGUGACAAGCAUGAGACAUGAUUUAAUUGUAAGAUAUAGAACUCAUAUCAUGAACAUACUGUCUGUGGUGUGUUGUGUUUGAUAGCAUUUUUAAGUCUCCCAAUUUGUAAGAAACAGUAUUAUUGCUUUUUUUUUCUAGCAAGAAUUGUGUUCUUACCUGUAUAUGUUGAUGUACAUGUAUGUUCUUUUUAUAUUCAGUAAAAUACUACUCAUGUGUGGAAUAUGUACUGUCUUUGGGAAUAGGAUGUUGUAUGUUAUUCACGUAUACAGUAUAUUAUUAUUUAGCACUGCAGAGGGAUCGCUCCCUCUAUAGUUCAUGUAGACUAUACCCAUUUAUAUCAUUUGUUCAGGCAGGAUGGUAAUAUUGGGCUAUAAGAUUUUCAGUCCAAACAGUGAUUUGAAGCUGAUAACAAGCAAUACGUCACAAAUCUCUGUGGACUUUUUUUUCUGUCGUAUAGCUUUCACUUUAAAAGCAUUUUACUAGAGAAAGGAAUCACUGCUUUGUUUAUCUUUCAAGUUUUAUAUGCAUAGAUCUUCAGAAUCUUUUACAAUAGAAAACUGCGCUAGAAGCAAUAUAUACAUGAAAAAGGGCAUUGCACAAUAUCAUUUGUGGUUCAUAUCUCCAUCCUAUCUAUUAGAUGUUUUCUGUGGUAUACUGCCUAGUUAAUCAAAGAAUAUGAAAGAUAGUUUGGUGUUUCAUGGUUAGAUACAAGUAUUGCUUUUAUUUAUUGAAAUCAUUUAAAAGGAUGAGUAGGAUUAAGAUAGCACAUCGCUGUGCCUACAAAUUCUGUUUAUUUACAAGACGCACAUUACUUUCCAUUUGGGUACUACCUGUGCCUAUGUGUUUUAUUGAAGUUGUAUUGUCUUGUGAAAUGUCUUUAUCAUGCGAUCAUGUCUGUGAAACAAGUUUGUAACUUUGUUUCAUUUUGAAGUAGAAGGUCUUUGCUAGAACUAAGAUGCACUAAUAUUUAUUAUUAUGAAUAUUUUUGUAGUGUAUUGGCAUUGAUGUGUGUAGAGGAGAGAAAGAGCCCAAAUAUUUAUAGAAAAAUCUAUUUUGCAAGUCACAAAGUUCUAUGUUGGGACAUGUGUCAUAUAGGUGUUUUUGUUCUUCAGGACUGUAUGAAAUGGGAGUACAUCAUUUUUUUUUUUAAACCAAGUGCACACCUAGUUACCAAGAAUGCAUUUUGCAUUAAUUGGAAUGUAUUUUCAGAA